CACCACUACCUAUUUUUUUUAAUAUAGGACCUAACAGUUAAAAGAUCGAUGCAUUGUGUUACGUCUGGUUUGUUUGUUUAACAUUUUCUUACGUUCAUUUUGAUCUUGAAUCACACUGUCCAAGGGAUUUAGAGCUCAGGACAGAGGUAAUUGUGAGUCGCUCGGGGCUACCGCAAACAUUGGCUGGUGGUUAUUAAAUUUACUUGUAAUGAUUCUUGUUCCAUUUUAGCCAUACAUUUUGAAAUAUUUGGUGACAUUUCAGCCAACACUAGGUUCUGUUUUGUCCAUAGAUUUUGAUGCCGUUUUAGCUAACAUUAGGUUCUGUUUUGUCCAAUUUGGUUCCGUUUUUGCUGGUGUCCGUUUUGGGAUGGUGCCGUUUUCGCUAUAACCCCAAUUUGCAAAACACUUGUCUUUUGAAAGCAGAUUAUUUUCUCACACCUGGCUGUCAUUACAUGACAUAAAUGUUAGUUUACAGUAUCAGUCAGAUAACACAUGCAUGGAGAUCAAAACCAUAAACAUAAACUUGCAUGUUUUGGACUGUGGUUGUGAAUCAUACAUACUGCAGUAGUAUAUCGAACACAAAGUUUUAAAGAUAAUCAAGCUGUUUUGAAUACUUCAUGAACCACAAACCUCAUGACACAUAAUAUUCGGAUUGUCAUUUCUGGAGAAAAUGACUGGCACCAUAACUAGCAUUUGUUAGUUGUGAGUAACAUGUUUGAUUCUAUUUCUGAUGUAAACUACGCUGCUUACUUCGAGAGUAUAAAGAUGCCUGACAUAACAAUUCUGAACCUCAUUAACUGGGUUGCUGCGAGCGCCAUGAUAUUUGGCGGAGCGAUUCCGUUCAUCCCGCAGUACCUGGACAUACGGAGGACUCGCCACGCAGAGGGGUUUUCAACGUUUGUCUGCCUCAACCUCAUCAUCGCCAAUGUUUUAAGAAUACUCUUCUGGUUUGGCCGCCACUUCGAACUGCCACUGUUGGCUCAGAGUAUCCUGAUGCUGUUUGCCAUGCUGGCUAUGGUUAAACUGUGUGUAAGCGUAGCCUCGAAAAGUGAAAUUCUUACAGCCAAAAAUAGACACUUCUUAGAUUUUGAUAUUGAGUAUUUCUGGAAGUGGACAGAUUUCCUGAGUUAUGUUGAGUUCACGGUGACAUUUUCUCUCGUCGUCGGCAUCCUCACAUUCUUACUCAUCAAUAACCGCUUCUACAUCGAGGUGCUUGGGUUUAUGGCCGUCUUCGCCGAGGCCAUGCUAGGAACUCCACAGUUUUAUAGAAACUUUAUUAAUAAGUCUACAGUGGGUAUGAGCAAAAAAAUGGUUGCCAUGUGGACGUGUGGGGAUAUUUUUAAAACUGGUUAUUUUAUUCUGCGUGAGGCACCAGUACAGUUCUGGAUCUGUGGGGCACUACAGGUGUCCAUAGACAUCGCAAUUUUCAUGCAGGUCCUCAUAUACAGACGCAGGCCACCCAUCACCGUGGUCAAGGCUGCACGGAGUUGACAAAUUGUUGAUAUAUGAGAUAUUAUAGAAUUACGGCCAUUCUUUAAACAGGGCUAGCUCUGCCACUCACCAGAUUCGACAAUUGCAAAUUUUAGGAUAAACUGGCAAAUUUUAUUUUCAUUUGGCGAAAACAUUUCAUGUAAUAAUUGGUGUUUUCUUGCAAAAUAACUAUGGGUUUGCAUUUUUUUUAGAUAAUUUGGCGAAAUGUUUUGCUCACCCACAGCUAGCCCUGUUUAAAUCAUGUGAAAGACACUGUUCUAAGUUUGCUUGCAUUCUUAAAACAUUUAAAACUAAAAUUAAGUAAUCAAUAUUUUUUCUUCGUGUUUAGGGUAUCAGUCAUGGGUGUAUGGGGACUCUUUGAUUUAGGGGGGCUGGAGGGGUUGAUUUGCCCGAAAUUUUACCUAGAUAAAAACUGCCCGAAUUUUUCCCACUGUUUUGCCUGAAUUGGGGGGG